AUGUACGCUCGUGGCAUACUAUUUGGUAAGAUGAAAUAUGAGCUUGGUGACCAUAGCUAUGUAAGAUGUCCAGAGAAUAAAUUAGUCGCAGACGUGGACUUCAAAGUUAAAGGUUAUUUUUCUGGUGCAUAUAAUGCUAUCGGUGGGACAAUAAAGAAUGAGGCAACAGGAGAAAUAUACUACGAGCUUUCGGGCUAUUGGAAUGGCGAGAUGUAUAUCAGAAAUGUGGUCACGGGGAAGAAAGAACUACUAUUCGAUGCUACAAACGCUAAGCAUACACCCCCUCUCACUAGACCACUCGAGGAACAAGAACCCCGUGAAUCACAGAAACUUUGGUAUAACACAACCCAGGCACUGCUGGCAAGAAAUCAUGAACUAGCAACCGAGGAAAAAACGAAAAUUGAAGACCAGCAACGAGAGGAAGCAGCGCAACGCAUCGAUGGGGGUGUGGAAUGGCGACCGAGGCUAUUUAGACGGGUCAAGGGAGGACCUGGAGGCCCUGAAGAAGGGGAAGAAGAUCUUGACUGGAUCAUAAAUGCUCAUGUCGACUCUAAGGACCCAAAGUUAGCUACACGCCAAAUUUUGGCCAUAGCGCCGAUACUAAAGGGUCAAGCGGUCGAUCAUCAAUUCGAUAUUCCACCACAUUGUUCAUCUUCACAUCAAAAUUGCGAUGGCGCUUCGGGUUCCGGAAGCCUUUCUGUAUCUGAAGCCAAAAAUACACUCAUUGACCUCGGAAAUGAUGCCGAACCUGCAUCUGAUCCCGCCAAGAAAAAAACCGCCGAGAAAUCAGAGGAUCUGCUCGGUGAUAUUGAGAGCCAAGUGCCGAAUGCCGACUCAUCUACAAUGAACACCCUCAAGCCAACUACUACGAAUACGAUUAGGAGAAGGGAUUCUGUUUCAUCCGGCGUGGAUGAAUUUGUUGAUGCUCGAGAUUGA